AUGGCUUUAGCUACCAAUGUUUCUGCGCAAAUUAGCAGUAUUCCUAUGCUGAAUGGUUCAAACUUUAAAGUUUGGAAGGAUACCGUGGAGAUUGUCCUCGGUUGUAUGGACCUAGAUAUAGCUCUUCGAGAGGAGAAACCCACUUCCACUCCGAAAAACCUCAAUGAGGUUAAAAUAGAGAAGUGGGAGAAAUCCAAUCGAAUGAGCAUUAUGAUCAUGAAACGCUCAAUUCCUGAGGCGUUUCGGGGCUCAAUUACUGAGGAUAAAGAUGCCAAACAGUUCCUAAAGGAUGUUGAGAAAUUCUUUACUAAGAAAUUCAGUGCUCACAUGGCUUUAUCUUCUUAG